AAGAAGAAGAAAAAGAAGAAGAAGAAGGACGCGAACUGAUUCCGCCGGCCGGCCGCGCUUAGUUCCGCGCUCCAAACAAGAAAGAAACUCCCGAGACCACCCGAAAGCCGACUUUUCUACCCGCCUGGCCUGGAGACGUAUUUUCAGAAGUUUCCACCGGGGCCGGCUGCUUUGACAGACUGGGCUGGCUGCUCCGACCUGCAUUUAGAAUUUGGGCGACAUCCGAUCUCUUGACGGGCGAAUUACAAAUCCGCCAGAGCCGCUACCGCGCGCGCGUGUGUGUGUGUGUAUAUAUAUGUGUGUGUGUCUGCGUACUUGUGUGUGUGUAUGUGUGAGUGCGCGUGUGUGCGUGUGCGUAAGUGCGCACUCACUCACCUAUCACACCCUGUUGGUCGGUUGUUUUAGCUUGGGUAAAAAGUGUAAGCCGUGAGAUGACCCUGUCUGGAGGCAGCGACAGAGGCAGCGAUAUGUCCGGCCAAGCCGUGCUCACACCGGAGGACGUGGAUAUCGACGUCGUGGGCGAAGGCGACGAGGAAGGAAUGGAGAGGGACAGCGACUGCGAGAGCCCACAGAGGGACAUAAUGCACGACCUCCGAGGAGGAGGAGGAGGUGGAGGAGGAGGAGGAGGAGGCGGCGAUGAGGAGGUGGAAGAGGAGAUCGAAGUUGAGAAGGAGGAGAUGAGGUCCGGCGGAGGGAGUCCGGGCUGUGAGGGCGAGGGAGACGGGGACGCGGUGAAGGGAGAGGGUCACGACCAAAACACCGCCACCGCGGGGGGUCCGAUACAGAAGCCCAAGAACAGUCUGGUAAAGCCCCCUUACUCGUACAUCGCCCUCAUCACCAUGGCCAUCCUCCAGAGCCCGCAGAAGAAGCUGACGCUCAGUGGCAUCUGUGAGUUCAUCAGCAACCGCUUCCCCUACUACCGGGAGAAGUUUCCGGCUUGGCAGAACUCCAUCCGCCACAACUUGUCCCUCAACGACUGCUUCGUGAAAAUCCCGCGCGAGCCGGGCAACCCGGGCAAGGGCAACUACUGGACCCUGGACCCGCAGUCGGAGGACAUGUUCGACAACGGCAGCUUCCUCAGGAGGAGGAAGAGGUUCAAACGGCACCAGCCAGACGUGCUCAGGGACCAGACGGCUCUCAUGAUGCAAAGUUUCGGGGCGUACAGCAUCGGGAACCCGUACGGACGCCACUACGGGAUCCACCCGGCCGCCUACUCCCACCCGGCCGCCUUGCAGUACCCUUACAUCCCCCCGGUAGGUCCCAUGCUCCCCCCCGCCGUGCCCCUCCUGCCCUCGGCGGAGCUGAACAGGAAAGCCUUCAACUCGCAGCUCAGCCCGAGUCUGCAGCUGCAGCUCAACAGCCUGAGCACGGCGUCCAUGAUCAAGUCGGAGCCGUCCAGCAGACCCUCGUUUAGCAUAGAGAACAUCAUAGGUGUGUCGAGCACGUCGUCUUCGUCGUCGUCGGGGGUCGCGCAGACUUUCCUGCGACCUCCGGUGACUGUUCAGUCGGCCUUGCUGAGCGCCCAGUCCCUGUCCCUGACCCGCACGUCGGCCGCGAUAGCGCCGAUCCUCAGCGUGCCGUCAAACAUCAUAUCCGGCCAGUUUUUACCCUCCGCCGCCACCGCGGCGGCGGCCGCCGUGUCCAAAUGGCCCUCCCAGUGACUCUCCCAAACCUAGUCUUAUUUUUAUAUAGAGACGUUAUUAUUAUUAUUAUUAUUAAUAAUAUUAUUAUUAUUACCGGGGGAAAGGAUGGACGGCACGAAGCAUAGGCAGCACUGGACUCUGUAGCGAUGUUAAGACUGAAAAAGACACACACACACACACACACACACACACACACACACACACAAAAAGACAAGAGGAAAAAAAAAAGAAAAAGAAAAGGAAUAUUUCUGUACAGGUAAUAUUUGUAAAUAUUUGUAAAAAAAUAUGAAAAAAAGAUUUUACCUGUUUUACUUUGACCUGUUUAUUUUUCGUUCUUGGUGUUGGAAAUGUAAUAUAUCUGUUAGACGGGUUAUUAGUGUUUGCUUUCCAUUUCUUUUCUUUUUCUUCUUUUUUUUGUACUGGAAGCUCGUUAGAAAAAGGACUAAAAUAAUCGCCACGAUUUUUUUUGCUUCCUUUUAAUACCAAUACUAGAAAUACUAGUCUGUUUAUAAAACCCAAAAUAUAUGUAAUUCCAUGUAUAUAGCUAUUGGCUAUUGUGUUGUAAACUGGUUUUUGUUUGUAAAUAAAUCGAGGAUA